ACAAGAAGAAGACCCCGCCAGCCGCUGGGGCAUCUCCCGACAACCACUGUGAAAGCGAAAGAAACACCCGAGCCGAAGAAACUAUCGGGCAAUAUCUUCCUGCAGCCGAAGCAGAGCCCUCAAGGUGAGCAGCCCAAGCCGCUGGAUGCCUCCAAAACCGCGAAAGGGCACUUUGCUCCCAAGGUCAAGGAGGCUCCUCCGGCUGUCGCCACCUCUGCGCCCAAGAUCUCGCAGGCUCUGUCCGACGCCGAGGUGCUCGAGGGCGAGAAGGUUGUGCUUCAGUGCCGGGUUGUGGGUCAGCCGGCGCCCAAAAUCUCCUGGACCGUGAACGGAAAGGCCGUCCGCCCCUCCAAGGACCUCGCAAUCUCGCAGGAAGGAGACGCGUGCACGCUGACGGUGGCGAAGGCUGGGAAGGACGUCGCUGGCCAGUACGUCUGCUUGGCCGAGAACUCUGCGGGGAAAGCAUCCUGCAAAGCCAACCUCGGCGUGGUCAAGAAACAAGAAAAGAAAGAAGAACCCCCUGUUAAGUCUGAUAAUGGGGCUCAGCAAAUAAAGCCUCGUUUUACCAAGACUCUCCGUGAUGUGGAGGUGGUGGAAGGAAGUGCAGCAAAGUUUGAGUGCAAAGUUGAAGGCAACCCUGACCCCGAAGUGACCUGGUACAAGAACGAUGACGUGAUCGAAGAAACGCUGCGAGUGCAAGUGGAGUACGAGGAGAAUGGCACGUGCACCCUCACCAUCACAGAGGUGUUGGCAGAAGAUGACGCCCGUUACACCUGCAAGGCCGUGAACGCGGCCGGAGAGGAUUCUUGUUCCGGUGAGCUGCUGGUGGAACUCAUGGAGGUGGAAGAAGAUGAUGGAGGAAAGGAAGAAGACGAUGGGGAGAACGAGUAGAGGGCAUGAUAAGGAGAAGGCCUCUGCUCAUACAUUUCCACCAAAAUGUUGCGCAAAGCAGAGCUCCGAAAGUGAAAUAAGAUUGUGCAUGCGAAUUUUAAUCCCACCCCUACUAAGCCCAAUUGUGUUUUUCGUUAUCGUUUUGAUGAGUAAUAUAUGUCCACAUGCAGACCUUUCUACAUUACAAUUUUGGUGGAAAUGUAGCUACAUAUAGCCGCUCUGUUUCAACAUAAUUCAUGCUUUAGUUAAAUAUAGAUGAGUGUUUUACUAUUCAAUGUAGUUUAUUCAUGCUUUAUGCCGACACACAAAAUAAAACAUGUACACAAGUUUUUUGCUAGUUGGUAUCCUUAUUGCUAAGCGAGGACAGAUAUCGCUCGAUGUACGAAAGGGAUGUGUUCUUCAAAAAACACGCCGCGAAAAACUAAAUUUCGAAAAUCGGAAUCGUUAUUCCCAUGAAUUCAAUACUAAAAAUAAGGAAAUGUGUUUUGGACAGUCAUUACAACUAUACUCCUAACCUAAAACAUACACAUAUAUAAUAGAAAAGCAACAAUACAGAACAGACAUAUUAAAAACGAUUGAAUAACAAUGGGUUUUAAACAAAUAUAAUAUCUGCCUGUUGGAAUGCCUGGAAAGGUGAUGUGGAUGCGUUACUGUUGCACUGUAAGGAUAUCGUGAUGAUGUCACGGAUGAAUGUUGCAGUCUCCCGGGUGCUUCUUGUUGGAUCUCGUGGCACGUGCCAUGUGAAAUUUCGUUCACGCAGAAAUUCGAUUUCAUAAAUCGAAAAGUGUCCAUAAUUUGACAAUUGCGUGAACGCGAAAUUUCGUAAAUCGAACGUUCAUGAAUCGAGUGAUACAUGUAUUCAAAUAGUUUUGUUAUUUUACAAUUGAAGAUGCUAGAAAAUAAACUAUGAACAACAUUAAAAGUUAAAGGGAUUAUGUGUAGCCUCAAAGUAAAUUGUUUUGAACAAAUGUUUUCUAUCCAUCGUUAAAACGUUAAAAAAUAUACUUUAUGGGUCGUUAAAACAUCCAAGAUCGUUAUUAGAUAAACAUCUUUAUCCCUGAAGGAGGGAGCUGUCAUUAAUGGGCAGCAUUGAGGCAUUUUGUGACGCUAAAACACUGACGUUGUUACACUUCUGAUUUGCAUUGUAUCAAGUGGAUCAUCUUGCUCCUGGCACACCCAGGUACACCAUACACAGCUAUUCGUAUUGCGAUAUCCCAAACACCCAUAAAAUGCGACCAAGGUAUGCCACUCUUAGCAUUAACAUGUGCACGUUACCAAACAGCAACCGCAAAAUACAGGCACACCUUACCCCAGGGGCAACAGUUCCUAGAACCAGACAGUGCCUGCACUGCUCGAAAUACGCACUGGGCAUGUCUUAAUGCAACUUGCCGUGCAAGAAAAUGAAAGUUCACUUAUUCCUUUAUUGUGUAGACCCCCACACUUUAGUUGUUAUUCUCAAUUAGCAUGGAUCACGAAGUAUUGUAUAUGAGAUUUUCUUCCUCUGCAUUAUGUAAGUGAAUAAAUAAAUGAGCAUAUCAAUAAUGCA